CUCAAAAUACAGUUCAUGUGUGAUACUCGUUUCAAUCUUUUUACCUCCAUCUUGGCAUGAAACAUGGUUUUCUCCUUUUCUCUGACCAAAAAAUUCGAAUUGGGUUCUUUUGAAUAAAGAAGAAUGAAAUCAAUGGCUUUUAGCUGUAUCCAUUCAAGAAGUUAUCCGUUAUCCGAUUUGCCCAAAAUCAAGUUUAAAAGAAACGAAGUGACUUUUUCAUUGGUUCCUGGGUUGUCAAUUUGCAGAAUUCCCUGCGGUAAAUGUUCCCAGAAGAUGGUUGAGCAAUCACUGAGCAUUUCCAGAGCUGCCGAGAAGAAACCAGUGAAGAAGGUGGGGAAGAACGAGCAUCACUUGUGGAAGAAAAGAGAUUCAGCUGGCUCUAGACAAAAGGCACUCAAUCUUGUUAGAAUUAUUUCUCAACUUCCCGAUGAAAAGGAGAUUGUUUAUGGAGCAUUGGACAAAUGGGUAGCUUGGGAGAUCGAGUUUCCAUUGAUUGCAGCUGCCAAGGCUUUACGAAUUUUGAGGAAGAGGAGCCAAUGGCUGCGUGUUAUUCAAGUGGCGAAGUGGAUGUUGAGCAAAGGCCAAGGAGCUACGAUGGGAACAUAUGAUGCCCUUCUACUUGCAUUUGAUAUGGAUAGCAGAGUGGAUGAGGCUGAAUCAUUGUGGAACAUGAUUUUGCAUACACACACCCGUUCUAUCUCAAAGCAAUUGUUUUCUAGGAUGAUCUCUUUAUUUGAUCAUCAUGACAUGCAUGAUAAGAUAAUAGAGGUAUUUGCAGACAUGGAGGAAUUACGUGUCAGACCAGAUGAAAACUCAAUCAGGAAAGUAGCCCGUGCUUUUAAGAAACUUGGCCAAGAAGACAAGCAGAAGUUGGUUCUUAGACGAUACGUGAGUAAAUGGAAGUUCAUCCACUUUAAUGGUGAACGGGUUAGAGUCAAAAGAUAUACAUCAGAUGAAGAUUGACGUUCAAGUGAGUGAAUGCCAUUCUCUUGGCAUCAAUGACAUAAUUCAAGCUUGUGUCUACUCUGUUGGACCUUGCCAAUCAGGAAUGUGGAACUAUGGUUGCAGCAACAAGGCACCUUAUUCGCUUCCCUCAGAUAGAAGUGCCAAGUUUAAUAUUAUUUGAAUGGUUCAUUUCUGGUGGGUUGUUCCCUGUAUAUAACCUUGCUUGUAUGUUAAAUCCUCUUAAAAUUAUCUGGGGAUAUAUACAGAUGGAGAGCCAAAAAGUGUUUUAGCUGU